CUUCACUCAUAAACUAGCCACAGCUGGUGCAUUCCUAAGGACAUCCUCGGAAUUACGACGAAGAAGACUUCUUGUUCUCAUGUCCAUAAAGAAGAACUCUAGCUACUUCAAUCUUCUUCUGUAAACACAACAACCAAAAUUCGUCAUGCCGAGACCAAAUGAGGAAAAACCAACAUGCUGCAGAUGUUGUACAGGGUUCAUAUUCAGUUCAGGUUUAACUGCUCUCUUGCUGUGGCUAACCUUAAAACCAUCUUCCCCAAAAUACUCCAUUGAGUCAUUUUAUGUUCCUGUCCUCGACAAAAACUCAGCUUCUCAAUCCACUGUCAAUUCAACCACCAUAUCUUUUGAUCUGAGAUUGAAGAAUGAAAACAGAAACAAGGGUAUCUAUUAUGAUGCUCUUGACUUAACUUUUUUUUAUUAUUUUCCUGAGAAUUCAAGUUUUUUACAGAUCGGAGAUAUCAGAAUACCUGAAUUCUAUCAAGGGCAUUUGAAGACUGCUCAUCGACUUGAAUCUAUUCAGAGCUAUGGAGUCUCCUGGAAGGAUGUUAAGACAAAUGGAAGCAGUACGAAGAUGUUUCGAGUUGAUUUGGAUACCAGAGUCAGGUAUAAGAUUAUGUUGUCGAGGACCAAACGGCAUAGAAUGAGAUUAGGAGUUAAUGUUACUGUUAAUGAUGAAGGUGCUAAAUCUGUGGACAGGGGUUUGAGGUUUUCUAGCGCUGCUUCACAUUUUAAUGGAUUAACGACUCUAGUAAGAAACUUUUUAGCUUUGUUGAUUCUUUAUUUGGUUUAAUUUCCAUGUAAUUGGCCGACUGUUAAGGAGGCCUUGUAUGUGAUGAGAAAACUGUAAUUUGUCAGUCACAACAAAUGUCCCAGGAAUUUAAAAUUGAAUUCUUAAAUCUUACAAUUUCACGAAAUUAAAGUUAAA